AUGGCAGCUUGCACAUUUGUACUGACUCAAAUUCUGUUCAUCUCCUGGUUUUUGAUGGCACAUUGCUCCCAACCCAACUGUACAUCUGUGCAAGACUUUUAUGAUUGUCGAGGAAACACAACAGGUUUCUGCCCAGAGUCUAUUGUUUGUGCAUGCAAGGAUGGCAAGCCCUUCUGCAAAUGUCCAAAUUUCAGAGGCCAAUGGGGAGACUACUGGUACAUGGGAGAGAAAUGUGAUCAACUAUGGAACACUCUGGACCUGGUUUUAGUAGCAACAUUGCCUGGAAUAGCUCUGGCUAUAAUUGUUGGUGUGGUAAUCCAGAUUGUCCAUUACUGUAAAAGGAAGUCAAAGAAGAAUGGAAAUCAUCACGGAGUGCAGAGGAGUAUGUCAGAACUUCGACCUCAGCAUAAUUCUGCAUAUGGUUUCGGUACUGAUAGGAAUCUUCCUCAACCUAAUCAAGGAGAGGUAAAUACUAAAACUCAUUUGUCAAAUAAAAAUCCAUGGAGCUUAUUCAACCCGGAAGCCUUUUCUGCAACUUCUUUUUCUCCAUCAUCACAAUUAUCCAGAACAAAUUCCAACUUUAUUGCACAAGAAGACAGUCUUUACAACUCUCCAUAUCCUAACUGGAAUGUCUCUCCAGAACGAAGUAAUCCUGCAGCAAACUCUGGAAACAAUCAUUUGUCAACCAUGUACACGAAGCCAAACUUUGACUUUUCCAUAUCCGGGGUUCCUAGAGCAGCAUAUCCUCCAAAAGAAAAGAAAUAUUCAGUUUAUGAAGGAUCAGAAAUUCCUUACAAAAUUGGUCGUGCAAACAUGAUAUCCAACUACUAA